AUGGAAAAAUCACCUUUUGAAUUAACACUUAAUUAUAAUGAUAAACAAAUAAUCAAUAGAAAUUUUACAAUAACAGCUGAAUUACAUUAUAAUAUACAUGCACCGAUUAAUUGUAGUAAUAAUCGAUAUAGAUUAUGUCUUGUUGAAUUAUCAUUACAAAUACAAUCUGAUAUAAUGUUGAUUAAAUCUUGGUGUCAACCACCGGCAUUUUCAUUUGAAAAUUUCAAUCAAUUUCCGCGAUUUCAUACUUGUGUACUACCAGUAGUUGAUGCUAUUCAACAACCAUCUAUAACCAUGAUAAUUAAUUCAUAUGAUAUAGGACAACUUAUUUCAUUAGCAACAGCAAAUUUUACUUAUUUACCUCAAUAUUAUAUUGAAAAAAAAUCCAAAACAUCAAUUUUUAUUUUCAAUAAUGAAAAUACAACAAAAGAAAAUUUCUUUUCAAGAAAUAUUCGUUCUGUGAUGAUUGAAAAUGAUGAUGCUAUUGAAAGUGAGCUUGAUGAUCCUGAUUGUAUAAUGGAAACAACAAAUUCAACUAAUGGAAAUUCAAAUCAAGAUGAUCCAGCUAAAGAUGAUGAGGAUGAUCGUAAUCAACCGAUAGGUGAAUAUGAUGAUUCAUUAGCAGUAAAUUGUACGGCAGGUGGUCCACUUUAUGGUCAUCCAAAUAUUGAAUGGAUUCGAGUAGCUAAUGCAUCUCAUUUUAUAAUUGAUCAACGUAUUAAUCGAAAUGCUGAUCCUGAUAGUGAUGGUAUUGAUUUUCCAAAAAUGGAUACAUAUAUAUUACAAAUACGAAUGAUACCUUAUGUAUUCUUACAAUAUGUUUCGGUUCCAGCAAGUAAUGUUAUUUUAUUAUAUGUUGUUGUUCAUUAUGAUUCCGGACGAAGAUAUAAUGCUUAUCACUCAAAAGUUGAACAAAGUCCUGUUGUUGAAAAUUUUUUAGCUAAAGAACCAACAAGAUUUUUUGAAGUAUAUCUUAAUGCAACUGAUGAUGGUCUACCACCUAGUGAUGUUACAUUAGAUAUUGGUUAUUGUAUAGCUCCUAAACAUAAACAUCCAAUUAUUGUUGAUUCUGAUAGUUCAGUUGAUUUAUGGACUGGGACAAUUGAUGAUGAUAUUAAUGCUGGUGUUUCUGAAAAUGGUGGUUCAAUAUCUUCAUUGAUUUCUAAUACAAUCAUUAAUCCAAGUAUAUCAACAGAUACUUUGGCACCAUCACAAAAUCAAUUAGGUACUGUCGAUGUGAGUAUUAAUGUUGGUAGUGAUACCAAUGUUGGACAAGCAGUAGCUAAUAAUAAUGAUGGUUCGAUGAUAAUGGAUAAUGUUGUUCCUCUUAUUCAAACGGGAGCUGUUGAUGGAGGACACAUUCCGUCUAUUAUGACUAAUCAAGAUGAAAUAAACGACUUGCAAGUAAGAUCUUCAGCUCUUGUUGCUAAAGUUGAUCUGAGUAUAUCUAAUGGUGUUUCAAAUAGACCAUCUUCAAGUGAUACUAUCCCAUCACAAUCACUUGUAUUCAAUGAUUUGCCGUCAAUAACGCCAUCACAAGUUCCAGCAAACUAUUUUUGUUAUAAUAAUCUUCAAAUCGUUGGAAAUAUCAAUGUUCAAAAUAUAUUUCAUUUGGACGCUUCACAACAAACAACUAUCUCUGACAUUAUUAACUCACAAUCACAAUCAUCAGGUUAUUCAUUUCCAUCAUUUCAUUAUCCCUAUCAUACGAUAGUUAUCAACCUAAGAGUUAAUAUCUAUGUUCAUACACUUACACUUGGAUCACAAUCCAAUGUACAACGAUAUGGUUUAAGAUUAUAUAAUCCUUCGAGAAAUGUUGAUGAUACAUAUUAUUCAUCAAUACUUCCUGAAUCAAAUAAUCAACCAGCUAUAGUUGGAAUUCCAUUAGCUAAAAAUAUUUGUUUUGAUCUUCGUUCAAGUUCCAAUGGUGAUGGAAGAGUUGUAAUGACAGAAAAACCUGAUACACCUAGUCCAAUAUUGAUGCCUGAACCUACUCCAUAUGUUCAACAGCAACAAGCUGUUGUACAGUCGAUUGCAAGCCCAGAAGAAUUGCCAAUACGAAUGUCAGUUGUGGAGCAAGCUCAACAGCCAAUGGUUCCGUCUAUAUCUACUCAAAUUAUUGUUGAAGUACCCAGUCCUGUGAUCUUAACGAAACCGAGUAAUAUUAUGAUACAAUCAACACUGGAAGCAAGUGUUCAAAUUCUUCCAUCACCGAUUAUUUCUGCACCUUUAAGAGUUCAAAUAUCACCAUCUCCGACAGCUAUUGGUACACGUACUUUUGAUCAGCCUUCGUCGAUCGACACUGAAGUGUCAGUAGUCAUUCAACAGCAACAGCCUGUUGUAUCACCUCAGUUACCAUCGCCAGUUAUAAGAACUAUCUUUAGCGACAGAAUUGAAGCAUCAGCAACUAUUGCAAUUGUCGAACAGCCUGUCAAUAUUCAACGAACAGUUGACACUCGGCCACAGCAAGCGAUAAUCUCGCCGUCUUUACCACUAGUUAUUGUAGAAACUAUUUUUAGUCCGAUACGCUUAGCUCCUCAAGAAACAAUUCUUACAAUGCCAUCACCAGCGAUUAAUGCACCUAUCGUUGAAACAUCAGUAUCAAUAUCACUUAUUGAACAGCCUGAAGUUAAACAACCUUCAAUAGUUAACAUUCCACAACCUGCUUCUAGUUUUCAACAACAACCUGUGAUUGCGUCUCCUACUCCGACGACUGUAAUUAGUACUAUCUUUAGUUCGAUCUUAUCAGUUCCCCAAGCAACUAUUCUUACAUGUCCGUCACCUAUAAUUGACGCACCUCAGACUGUUGAAGUAUCAGCAACUAUUCAGCUGAUUGAGAAACCCAUUAUUUAUCAGCCUUCGCCGAUAGAAACUCCACGAACGGUCAUGAUUCAACAACAAAAACCUAUUGUCUCACCGUCUAUAUCAUCACCAGCCAUUAUAAGAACCAUUUUUAGUGAAAUACUACCUGUUCCAGAAGCAAUAGCUCUUAGUCUACCAUCACCUGCAAUUGAUGCACCUCCGAUAGUUCGUACAUCAGAGACAAUAUCUAUUAUCGAUAAGCCUAAAGUAUAUCAAGCUGUACCUAUUGAUUUUCAACCAAAAAUAUUAAUACAAGAACAACAACAAGUCAUAUCACCUGUUGUAACGCAACCUGUCAUGAUGCCUUCUAUGCCAGAAGUGGCUAUAAGCACUAUCUAUAGUUCGUUAUCAUAUGGUGUUUAUGAUACAGAUAACUGUGUAUGA